AUGCAGUUCCCUUCCUCUCUCAUCGCCGCCGCCGCCCUGGCCCUCGCCGCUGGCCCUCAGCUCGUCUCCGCCCUCUGGGAAUGCGACAGCGGCCUUUCCGCGCUCGGAGUCGAGCCCGCCGACGGCACCUUCUACAUCCACUACACCUCCGUUCGUGACAGCAACUACAAGCCCAACGGGGACGAAGGAUCCGUUGAGCCCUGGAUCCGUGUCUGCAACUCCAAUGACGGAGCCUGGGAAUCGACCAUGUUCGCCGUGGUCUGCACCAACUUCGUUGGUGGAAGCUCGCCUCAGAGCUUCGAUGCGACCAGCAUUGGCCUUGAGGAGUCUAUCACCGUUUACAAUGGUGAAGGGUGUGAUUCGGACGCCUCUAACCUCGAGAGUGGAUACAUCAAGUACGGCACCACUGAGAAGUCUCUGGAGACUGGCUGUGGAACUCGCGACCACGGAGUCACUUGCGAGUUCACUGAUUAGAU